AUGGAGCCCGAAGAAGUCACUGGGAAAGAAAACAUGGGCACCAAGAAAAAGAAUCUGACCUUCUUGAGGCCCCGGCUCUAUAUGCUGGAGAGGAGGAAGACUGACACUGUGGUUGAGAGCAGUGUUUGUGGGGACCACUCGGGUACCUUGAGGAGGAGCCAGUCCGACAGGACCGAGUACAACCAGAAACUACAAGACAGGAUGAGUCCCCAGGCGGCCUGCGCGGGGCAGGCCCUGCCUCAGGAGGAGGCGCUGCAGACGCAGAGGAUGAUGGCCAGGCGCUCGAGGGUCAUCAGGGAGCUGAUCCAGACGGAGAAGGACUACCUCACGGACCUGGAGCUGUGCAUCAGGGAAGUGGUCCAGCCCCUGAGGAGCAAGCAGAUUGAUCAGCUGGACGUGGAUAGCUUGUUUAGCAAUAUUGAAUCCGUGCAUCAGAUAUCAGCCAAGCUGCUGUCAUUGUUGGAAGAAGCCACAGCAGACGUGGAACCGGCCAUGCAAGUAAUCGGAGAAGUGUUCCUGCAGAUUAAGGAGCCCCUGGAGGACAUUUAUAAAACCUACUGCUAUCACCACGACAGUGCGCACAGUGUGCUGGAGGCCUGCGAGAGGGAGGAGGAGCUGAAGCAGCACCUGAGCCUGUGCGUCCAGUCCCUGCAGAACAUAUAUAUGCAAGAAGGCAAGCCGAACCUAACAAACAUGAGCUCCCUGAUGAUCAAGCCGAUUCAGCGUGUGACGAAAUACCCCCUAUUGCUGUGCGAGCUUCGCAAUUCCACCCCCGCCUCUCACCCGGACUUCGAGGCCGUGGAGGAGGCCUUCGCCGCAGUGAAGGACAUCAAUGUCAACAUCAACGAGCUUAAAAGACGGAAGGAUUUGGUGCUGAAAUACAAGAGGGCCGAGGAGGACGGGUCCCUGAAAGAUAAAUUGUCGAAACUGAACAUUCACUCAAUUAGCAAGAAAUCCAAGAGAGUGACCAAUUAUCUCAGGAUGCUCACCAGAGGAGAAUCACAGGUGAAAGACAACACCUUUGAUAGAGAAGAAAAGCUAUUUAGAUCUUUAGAAAAGACUGUGAGGCUCUGUCUGAAGAACAUUUCAUUCUGUCUUCAACAUGUACAGGAUGCCAUGGGCUUAGCUCUGCAGAGUGUGCUGGAGCUCCAGGUGAUUUCAUGCACCAAAGAGGAGGAAGAAGGGGACCAUGUAGAAGCCCCCAGUAAUGCCCCAAAUCCCUGUGAUGACUUCGGAGCUCACUUGCAGAAGCUCGUCCUGACGCCCCUGUCCGCCCUGCUGGCCCUGUUCCCGGGGCCUCAGAAGCUGAUCCAGAAACGCUACGACAAACUGCUGGACUACAGCAGCUCCCUGAAGCGGGCGGCGGGACACGAGGCAGACCUGGCCCAGAAGGAGUUCGAGGCCCUCAACGCCCAGCUCGUGGAAGAGCUGCAGGUGUUCAACCAGGCGGCGCGGAAGAUCCUGCUGAACUGUCUGUGCAGUUUCAGCUCCCUCCUCAGGGACCAGGCGCUGGUGCUGCAGCAGCUUCACUCCACCGCGGGGCCGGUACCACUGUUGGUUUCAAACAUCUCUGAAGUGCAGAAUAGAGUACUGGAAGAGAUUCAAAAUCUGAAUUUUGUAAAGGAUAACAGUGCCACAUUUAUUGAGAGGAAACUUAGUUUUGAAAAGAAGAAGCCUGUGCAGAUUCUGCCAGAAGUGCCACGUCAAACUGACACUCACCGCUCCAAACUUCUAUCCACCUACAGUGCAGAGGAAUUGUAUCAAGCCAAGCGCAAGUGCAAUGCUACACAAGAAUAUGACAUAAAUCUUCUGGAAGGGGAGUUGGUGGCUGUGAUGGAGCAGAAAGAUCCAUUGGGGAGUACGAGCAGGUGGCUUGUUGACACGGGAAUUGUAAAAGGAUAUGUAUAUUCUUCCUUCCUAAAACCCUACAAUCCAGCAAAAGUACAGAAGAUGUAUGCUGAGAACAGGUCCUGCGAUGAUGAUUUUGAUAACAUCAGCCUCUUUGUGUCUCCGCGGCCAGCUAGGGACAGUGUCACAAGCACCCCGGAUGGUAGCAUAAGUGACAGCAGCUCAUCUCUUAGUGGCACAUGUGGAAAGUUUGAAACAAACGGCACUGAUGUUGACAGUUUCCAAGAGGUAGAUGAACAGAUUUUCUAUGCAGUUCAUGCCUUUGAAGCACGGAGUAGCCAGGAACUCAGCCUUCAGGUAUACCAAAGGGUCCAUAUACUUAGAUUUUGUGACCUAAGUGGCAAUAAAGAGUGGUGGUUAGCUGAAGCUCAUGGGCAAAAAGGAUACGUACCAGCCAACUACCUUGGGAAGAUGACUUAUGCUUAA